GCGAUGGAAAAUUAUAAAAGCCAAGAGGCCACCCUACAGUCCAUGAGUUAUUUCCUGUAACAGUCAUCGAACACCUGUCUACCUUUUACAACACAUUCUUCAUCUCACCACUAGCCAAUUCCCGCACAUCAUAUCAAAAUGGGCGUUGUUGAGAAGGGCAACAAGAUCUUCGUCUCGGCCAGCGAGAUCGACAAGAACAAGGUCACUGUUGAGUGGCAGCAGAACUUCAAGCAACGCUCGCAGGAGUAUUACACUGUUCCCUUCAUCAAUAAGAGCCAGGGGGACCAGGAGAGCGUCCUCUUCAUCCAGACCAACUAUCUUGACGCUUUCAAGAAGAAGCAGGUUGCAGGCGAACCGGAAUUCACUGUCAUCGUUGACACCUCCUUCCAGUACGGUCAGAAUGACGAGAAAACCUCGCGUUGGCUUGUCUAUCAUGACAAGAGCAUGAACGCCUUCCAGAGGCUGACCCCGAGAUUACAGUGGCGAUUCGUUGCGAGCGUCAAGUCUAAGCUGGGAAAUCAGCUGGGCUCAUUCGGUGGUGGCAUCUUCAAGAGCUUCAUUGGAGUCGACAUUGGGAACUUGGCUGCGCUCAUCGGUCACCCUCUUCGGGACUUCUAA